UUGAGAAUUAUUCUUCUUCUUCUUCUUCUUUAGACCCGAGCUCUCUCACACACAAACGGUAAUGGAAGGCGAUCAAGAGACGGAGGUUUAUACUUUGGUGGCAAGGAAACCUUCCUUCGAUCUCCCAACAGCUUGCCCUAAUUGUCUUCCUGCUUACAUAUACCUCAAACUAGCCCAGCUUCCUUUUGAACUUGCGUUCAAUUCAACCUUCCCUGAUUCAGAUGAACUGCCGUACUUUGAAAGUGGAACAUAUGUUGCAUAUAACAAUGAAGAUGGAGGAGUCAUUGAAAAACUGAAGAAAGAUGGGAUUGUUAAUCUGGACUCUCAGCUUCAGUCUCUUCCGGAUUAUUUGUCGUUGAAGGCUCUUAUUGUUUCUUGGCUGGAAGAAGCGCUUACCUAUGAGAUAUGGGUUGGUACCGAGGGGAUAUCUACUACGAAAAUCUACUAUUCAGAUCUUCCUUGGGUGAUCAGCAAGGUUCUGUUUUAUAAGCAGACAUACUUGGCCAAGAACCGUUUAGGAAUCACCAAAGAAAACGCAGAGCAAAGAGAAAAACAGAUAUACAAGAGAGCAAGUGAGGCAUAUGAAGCCUUGUCGACUAGGUUAGGCGAGCAGAAGUUUCUCUUUGAAGACAGGCCAUCGAGUUUGGAUGCUUUCUUACUCUCGCACAUGCUUUUUAUUAUCCAAGCAUUACCGGUAACAUCUGUGCUUCGGUGCAAACUCCUGGAACAUAGUAAUCUUGUGAGAUAUGCUGAGAAACUUAAGUCAGAGUUCCUUGAAGCUUCUUCUUCAUCUCCUUCACCUCCACUUCACUCAUUCCCUUCCUCAUUUCCAAGAAAGAGUUCGAAGCCAAAGGGCAAACCAAAGGUGGAAAAGACCGAAGAGGAGAAAAAAUUUAAGAAAAGAGCAAGAUUCUUUCUAGCUGCUCAGUUUCUAGCCGUCGUCGUUUACGUAUCAGUAAUGGGAGGAGGUAGUUCUGAGGAACUGGAGUAUGAAGAUGAAGAUGACUAAACUGAAGCUUCUCUUAUUAAAUGGACCGGUAACUCUCAGGCAAACACUUCUUAGACUAAGAAUAAUCUCUACGCUUUUUUUCUUGAACUCUUGGUUAUGGAGCGGAUUACAGAUGUGAGAUUAGUCGUUUUUGUUCUGAAGGAGAUUCUAUUGGCUUUUAUAUAAAUUUCAUUGGUUUUUAA